AGAACAUGUUACAGCCAGUGAAGUCUUGAUCUUAAAAAGCCCUUUUAUUCCGUUUGGUUAAAGUAUAAAUUGGCAUCAAAGGAAUCCAAUCCCACUCUUCAAAUCCCUCCUUUCAUUCUCCCUUGUUUGGCUCAUUGUUACACCUCUCUCGUUAUGAUAGCUCCCGGUCGGCGUCCACCGCCGAUUGAGGUUAACCAAAAACCCAACAAACACAACGUUAUACAGCGCAGCCAAACGUGGUGGCAACCAUAACGAGCAUCUAAAAUUCCCACUCUGCCCUUCAUUUCUCUGUUUAUUUUUUUUCCUGGGCUGCUAUCCGGUGAGGUUAGGUCCAUGCCAGCCCCCAAGAGCAGCCGCAACGGCCAGUCCGAGAGUCACCGGCGGAGAAGGACAACCUCCUUCCAUGGCCAGGCCGCCGUGUCCGUCAUUCAGCUCCGCCGUCGGAGUUCGGUUUCCGACCUCCAGUCCCUCACGAGCAUCGCCGGAUCGGCGCCAGAGUUUCCUCCGAGACAGCCGCCGAAGAUGCUGAUGAAGGUAGCCGUGCCGAGAAGCCUCUCGCCCGUGCAGGUGCUGAUGACACCGGAAUCCACCGUCGGCGACCUCAUAGAGACGGCGCUGCGACAGUACGUGAAGGAAAGUCGCCGCCCUAUCUUGCCGGCCAACACAGCCUUCGAUUUCGACCUCCAUUAUUCACAGUUUAGUCUAGAAAGUUUGGAUAGGGAGGAAAAUCUGAUGGAACUUGGAUCUAGGAACUUCUUUAUGUGUCCGCGAAAGCCUUGGACGACCUUGGAAGGUGUAACGACGCCGUUUGCGUCCUGUGCCAAAGAAGCGGAGAAGUUGAGGGAAAGUAGUGGUGGUGGUGGCUUUACUUGGUUCAAGCUCAUGCAAUUCAUGAUGUGAUCGGUUGGUAGUUAUUGUUUCUUUGUUUGGAUUGAUUUUAUUAUGACGUUAACUGUAAAAAGAAUAAUAGGUUUUGGAGUGAAAAAAAAAAACCAAAUUUGUAAAAUUGCAUGAUUUUCAACCCAUUCAUACCUUGGAAAGUUAAACUUUUAAUUGUGUAAA